AUGUCACCAGCAGCAGAACUCUACAUCCCCCGUCUAACCUCCAUCCUCCUCCGUCUAACCCAACUCCUAACCUCCAUAAUAAUCACGGGCAUCUCAGGCCACUACCUCAACACCCUCAAAGACUUCCACAUACCUGUCGCAAACGGUCGAUUCAUCUAUACAACCAUCAUAUCCUCAUCAUCACUGAUCUAUUCCUUUAUUUGUUUGAUAUUCUGGAGGUAUACUGUUUUCCCGGUUGAUUUGGGGUUUUUUGUGGCUUAUCUUGUGGGGUUUGGGGUUGUUGUUAGUUGGAUUGUGGAUGGGAUGGGGUGUGAGAAGACGUGGGAUUUGGAGGUUAGGUUUGGGGUUUGGUUGAGUGGGAGGCCAAAAGAUCAAUGUGGACGCUGGGCGGCGGUUGAGACUUUUACUUUCUUUACUUCGCUUUUGUUUUUGGCGAGUGGGUUGCUGGCGGUGUGGAAGAUUUGGAAACAAGGGAAAGAUGAAAUUGAGAAGCCGAGGCCGUGGUUUAGGUGUUUGUGA